UCCUUCAAGUCCACAGUCAGUCCAAAUGAAGACGAAAGCAGCAUCAUCAAUAGACAGAGACAUCUUCCUCCUCAUUUCGAAAAAGUAUCGCCUAAAGUAAACCUCGUCCUCCUCCUCCUCGAGAUCCCCCACAUGGCCAGUUACCACCACCACCACCAUGGCCACCACACCGCGCCGCCGCCGCCGCCGCCUCCCACCUCCCCCUGCUGCUGCUGGGCUGACCGAAACUCCACCAGCUGCUGCAUCCCGCCGCACCAACCCCCACCCCCACCACCAGUGGACCCACUUCUUGAGAACCUCAUAGCCCGCCUCCUUCAAUCUUCUCCACCACCACCGACCCACAGCCCCCGCCACCGUCUCCGGCAGUUGAACACCCACCACCACCAUCACUCCUCAGUCCUCUCCUCCCUUCUUGACCGCAUCGAGUCCCUCGAGUCCUCCUUCCACUCCCUCUCGAUCUCCUCCUCCUCCUCCCUCCGGGACGCUGCUGCUCGGGUGAUUCAGACCCAUUUCAGGGCCUUCCUUGUUCGCAGAUCAAGAACCUUAAGGAACCUGAAGGACCUCGCCGCCAUCAAAUCAAGUUUCCUUAACCUCAAAUCCUCCGUCUCCGACAUCAACAGUACCCGUGUCAACCUUGUCGCCGUCUCCGAUGAGGCCAUGGACUUGCUGCUUCAGCUCGAUUCCAUUCAGAAUCAUGAUCCUAUGAUUAGAGAUGGUAAAAGGUCAAUAAGCCGAGAUUUGGAUGCUUUCUUGGAGUGCAUUGAUCGACUUGCGGUAAAAAGACGUCAACUUUUGGUCGUCAAUUCACGAAAGAGCGUGAAGGUUGUUGCGAACCGGAGCAACAAAUCUAAGAUUUUGAGAGAGGAGAAAGAACUAGUUAACAAGCUCAAGGACAGGGUCGAAAAGAUCCGGCAGUUAUCUCAGGUCUUAGGGACUCAGGAAGAAGAUGUGGAGCUCGAAGGCUUUCAAAACUUCAGUGAUGAUGGCGAAGAAAAUGAUAGAACCUUCGCUCGCAGAAUUGGCCCAGCUCCAACCGCGAAGAAGAUCGUGACUUUUGCAGAGAAUGGGAAUGUUUAUCGGGUUAUCAGCACCGACUCUGAUGAGAGUUCGAGUGGGGAUGAUGGCACUGGCUCUAGUGAUGAUCACGGCGAGAUCUCCGCUGAUGAUGGAAAGUUGAAGGGCUCUUAUGUGAUCGUUGAGGAAGCUGACAUGGAUAACUUAGCAUCUUCCCCGGUGAGCAGUGAUGGAGGAGAGCCGAGGAGCCAGGGGAGGGAUGAGUCCAAGUUCUCCUUUUCUGCCCCGAAGCCAGAGAGGAUGGACUCAAGGGAAGAUUUCCCGAAGAAGAGAAAUGGGGCCCUGAAGAUCGGAACUUAAAUGACCGGGAUAAGAACGUAAAAGGAUCGUGUUUCCAUUCCUUGGGUCACUUGUGAGUGUAGCAGUAGAGCACUUGGGAUCAGUUGCAAUUUGCGAAUGUCACUUUAGAUUCAUCUAGUCGGGACCUUGAGGGGCUCGAGCGAUUGUGAUAGCUUAAUUGUGAUUACGUGCUGAUUACUGUUGUAGCUUUCGAUUUGGUUUCACUCAUUGAAUGUGUGGCAACAUUAGUCUUUUUGGAUGCGUUCCGGUGACAAUCUCGAGAGAAAUUCACGUUGAAGCUCUUAGCUGGUUUCUAUUCUUUCUUCCUUCAAGAGCAUUAUUUCUUGGGCAACUGUAUCUCUUGA